AUGCUCAUCACCCGCGGAUUCUCCCUAACGAACUUCGUCAUCGCCAGCUCGGCCCUCUGCUUUCAAGUCUUCGUCCUUUAUCCCUGGCACCACAAGCUCGAGGACGACUUCAAGGAGCUCAAGAAGGAGCACUUGCGUCUGUUGCAGGAGAAUGAGGAUAGCCGGGUGAAAGAGCUGAAGAGUAUCAAGGAGCACCUCGGUCUUCUCCAUCAGAAGGCUCAAGUGUGA